CAGAGAGACAGCACACACCUCAACAUGCAGUGCCAUUUUAAUGGAACUCUGCUGAUCCGAGUCCUCCCUCCACUGUUGGUGACAGAGAUCAUUCUGGGGAUCCUCGGCAAUGGUCUGGCCCUCUGGAUCUUCUGCUUCCACCUGAAGCCCUGGAAGAGCAGCACGGUGUUGCUCUUCAACCUGGCGGUGGCCGACUUUCUGCUCAUCAUGGCUCUGCCGUUCCGUGCCACCUACUACAUGUACGGGCUCAACUGGAUCUUUGGAGAGGCUCUCUGCAACAUCUGCCUGUUCAUGCUGGCUAUGAAUCGCAGUGGAAGUGUCUUCUUCUUGAUGGCGAUCGCCGUGGACAGGUACAUGCGUGUUGUGCAUCCCCAUCAUGCCAUCAACUCUUUGAGUGUCUUCAAAGCCUUUCUAGUAGCACUUGGAAUCUGGUUAGUCACCAUUGUAAUGACUGCACACAUCUUCAUGUCAGAACAUCUCAUCCAAUCUACCAAAGAUGCCAACAGGACGUACUGUGAAAGCUUCAUGGUGGAGGCCGACCACCUCAACAAUAUGAGCUGGCACAAGUUUGAGUUCCUUUUUUCCUUCUACUUGCCGUUGCUUGUGAUUCUCUACUGCACCAUCCACAUUAUCAGCCACCUCAGAGGCAGACAGCUGGCCCAGCAUGCAAAGAUCAAGAAGGCUCUGUGCUUCAUGAUAUUGGUGGUGGUGCUCUUCAUCACCUGCUUCCUCCCGAGCAACAUCACGCAGGUGGUGAUUUGGUUCAAGACCAGUGAGGUGGCCAGCACCCGCCCCAAAUCGGAAGUCUGUGACGCCUUGGAGGAACUGACCAGUGGAUUCUACAUCUCCAUCAGUCUGACCUAUCUCAACAGCGCGCUGGACCCCGUGGUCUACUACUUCUCCAGCCCUGCCUUCAAGAACAUCUGCCGCAAAGCGCUUCACCUGCCCCUAGCAGAGCAGACUGAGAGCAUAGGGAAGAAAACUCGAGACACCGGCUCCCACUCACUCAGCCAGCUGUGAUCAUGCAGAGACGAUCAAGGAAAUCAAAGGUUUUGAUCAAAAGUCUCACAUUUCUCUGUAAGUUAUCACGUCAACAAAAUUUAACUUUUACUUCUUAUAUUUAUCAAAUACAAAUUGACUGCGCUUUUCUUUUCGACACAUAUUCUGAUGUUAAGUUAUGAAAUAAUUUGUUCAAGCAAAACCGUUAUCCACCUCUGCUACAAGUCGUAUUCUGGGGUAAUUGUAAAAGAUUAAACAUUUUACAGGGGUCAUGGAGAGGAGACUUUAAUCAUGUCUGUUACAGAACAACAUGGACUCACAUCCACUCCAUGAGCUUCUGUUCACACCACACCAAGUAAAACUGGCAGCAAAACCAUGAAUGUGUCAAACUGAACAAUUGAACGUCUCAUUUGUGAUUUGUGAAAGGAAGAUCAUGUUAUUUCAUCUUCCAAACCUUACACAGUUGCUUGAAAAGAUGUGAAGGCUUAUUUCUCUAUGUAUUAACUGCACUUUAAAAAAAAUAUUUCUUCUUUACUGCUAUGUGAAACAGUGAAAUAAUUUGUUUUGCCAUAUUGUCACCAAACUACACCUCAAACCCCCCAAAAGUUUGAUUCAUUUUUAUGAUCUCAUAUGAAUUAAAUAUAAUCUCGGCAUUACAAGAAAAUUAUACCAUAAUUAUGAAAAAACAUUUAAUUGUUAUAUAUAUAAAUAUGAGAUAUAAAGAUUUUUGGUUUAAAAAACAUCUGUAGAUUUAUUGUUUUCCUCUUUGGUCAACGAAUUGUCCUUCGAUGCUGGAAUGAGAAAUAAAGAUUUUUAUCCUCAUCUUAUUUUCAUGUGGUUUCAACAUGUAAGCGUUUAUACAGACUAAAUACACAGAAGUCACCACAAGAAUUGAGAUCCAUAAACCAAACAAAACAAACUCACAUUUAACUUGCAUCCUGCUGUUACAUUACAUAAUAUUAGUAUAUUAGAGAAAAAAAAAAUCUUAAAUGUCCAAUAUAAAACUAGAAUGGGAGUCAGUGGAGCAUAUACCUUGACAAAGAAUCCAGCUGCCGACAAACUGAUAACUGACAAGUUAAACAUAAUCUCCU